UCUCCACACUUCCCUGAAGGGAAUGGAGGCAGAGAUCAUUGAGGAAUGGUCACGCAGGCCUACAGGGUGAUUUCCAUUCCUCACACAUCCCGUUGAAUCUGUGCAUACAGGUGAUUCAGAUCUUUGCUCCCUUAUAUCCAGUGUACAAACACAGGCACACCCCGCAAGCAGUCGGAAAUCUUACUCACUUGUGACUGGCAUGUGUGACAAUAAAUUACAAGAAGUAUAGGACAAGGUGGUUCUUAAGGUCAGGCCCUUUCUAUCAUUAUGGGGAGAAUGGAGGGUUUUUUUUUUUGUACAUUUCCUGUUAGUGAUUCAGCCGUAUUCCUGAUUUCUCUAUUCUUCCUUCAGCGCAAGCUUUCAUUGUCUGGAAUCUGAACGCCUAAAACCACACCGAAAUGCAGUUUCAUGACAUCAUGUGCAUGUUGGAAUGAGAAUUCAAUUUCCUGGGUAGGGCUGGUGAUAGCACACUUUGCCAAGUCAUUUAAAAUAAUUCUUCACUUUCAUUCUGCAAGGGCUCUGUAUUGACAUGUCUGUCCUGCAACCUACAAGCUGAGGGAAACUGAAAAUGGAAACCUGUGUGUGUGUGUGCGUGUGUGUGUGUGCGUGUGCGUGUGUGUGUGUGUGUGUGUGUGUGUGUGGGUGUGUGUGUGAUUUUCUUUAGGAUUGUUUAGUUUUAAAAAUAUCCCCAUCAAAGAUUUUAACAUGGGGACAUCCCCACCUGGACAGUUUCCUGCAAAGUCAGUCCCCCUCUUUAUUUUAAUAGUGAUUAUUCUUGUAUUUUAAAUGAAACGUGGCCAAAAAUAUUUCAAUACCAUAAUCAUGCAAUUUAACAAACUUAAUUAAUUAUAUUUUAAUUAAUGGUCUAUUAAUAAUUUAACAUUCAUUUAUUCUAAACGUAAUUCAUUAACAUGUAAUUAAUGGAUUCGUUAAUGAAUGAGAUGAUGUGUAACCAAGCCCUUCUUCAGCUAGUAAUGAUUACGCAUUGUAAUAUUCUCACAAGUGUGCUUUCUGUUAUGUAAGAAAGCCUAACAGACAGGAUCCUCAAAGCUGUCUGUGUUGUGCACCCAAUUAUGGUAUUUUUCCUCUAUAAUAUUUACAAGAAGUUAGGAAAUGAUGCUCAUUGUGAACAUGCUGAAGCUUGUCAACAGACACACACACAAAAAAAUCCCCUGGCUUCAAGCCAUUUCUGAGUUACAUACCAAGAUCUGCUUCCUGCUUUUUUUUUUAGUAUCUGUUUUGUUACGUUGAAGACAUGCCCACUAAUCACAUGGCCUGCCUAUUUAUUCCCACACUGUAAUGACUUUCACUCCAACUCAAGAAGGUGCUCAGUCGUACUGACAGCAAGAGAGCAAGAGGUUGCUGUAGAGGCUUGUUAUAGAUACUGUGUAUACAUGUAUAUUCUUUGUAUAUAACUGACUUGGACUAAAAGACAUAAGAAAACUACAGACAAUUUCAAUGGCAGAGAUUUACUCCGGAGGGAACUUUCACCAUUUCAUUGACGGCUAUGAUGUGCACAAGAGUAACUGGAUGCGCUAUGUGAACCCAGCUCGUUCCCUCAGUGACCAAAACCUAGUGGCCUGCCAGAAUGGCAAAGAUAUCUACUUCUACACCGUCCAGCCCAUCCCAGUCAACCGUGAGCUUCUCGUCUGGUACAGCAGAGACUUCUCCGAGCGCCUGCACUACCCACAUGGGGACCUACUCCAUCCCAAACUGAAGCACUCGACCAAGGGAUUCAAGGAUUCUGAAGCUAACAGGCAGCAGCUACCUCACAAAGAUGUGUUCUACGAAACAGACCAAAAAUCUGAAGCUAAGAAGACAAAGAGAGAAGAGGAGGAAGAAGAAGAGGAAAAGAUUGACGUGGAAAUGCUGGAAAGGGACACGCCUCCUGUAACCCCUGACAACCAGAUUGUGGAUUUCAGCAAAAAGAUGGACGCAGAAACAGACCCUCAAACCAAACUCCAGCCUUCAGUAGACUUCCCAGAGAAGAGGCCAUUUUUCCUUAUGAGAGAAACCUCUACUGACAGGGCCAGCCCUUGCCAUACCACUAGUCCAAACCAAAGAGUAAAAAGUCAAAAUGACGACCACUCAGACCUGAGCUGCUGUUCUCCGGCUGUAAAUACAACAACCACCUCCCACAAGGAUCUGCCCUUACAUCUCCACGGCCUUUACAGCAGUGAGGAGGGCUUGGUCUCCUAUCCCAUGUACUCCCCACCAAGGCAUCUCCAACAGCCUUAUCUCUACCCUUACGGACACCACCCCUCACAUUAUCACCACCUCCUGCUACCUCAGUACUCUCCCCCAUUCCCAGGCAUAGGACCCAACAUGAAUGGCCUGGGCGUCUUCUCUAGGGUGCCCCCCGUGUACAGCAGCUACCUGGGGGCCGACGGUCUGCCUCACCCCUUGGUCUCCCAGCAGAGCGUCAUGGGGCUCCCUGUGGGCCUUCAGGAGGACGGUCCCCACCACCGCCUGCGUCUCCCGGAGCAGCCCAGAGACGGGAUCAUUCCAGCCCCCACCAGCGCUUUCUCACUCACGUCUCCCGGGGGCGGGCUGAAGGAGAGACCUCCCAACCACUCCCCUCCUAGCGGAGCCCCCGCCACACCAGAGCACUCCCCCCAGUCGAAGCCUACCUCACAAGCCCCGGGUCACAGCAACAAGGCCAUCAACCUCAGCAAGCCAAAGAACAGCCAGGGCCCCUCCACCAGCCCAGGGUACAAGUCCCUCCCCUACCCCCUCAAGAAGCAGAAUGGCAAGAUCAAGUACGAGUGCAACCAGUGCCUGAAGACCUUUGGACAGCUCUCCAAUCUUAAGGUGCACUUGCGGGUCCACAGCGGAGAACGUCCAUUCCAGUGUCUCGUGUGCAGAAAGAGCUUCACUCAGCUGGCUCACCUGCAGAAACACAACCUGGUGCACACAGGAGAGAAACCCCACGAGUGUCAGGUUUGCCACAAGCGCUUCAGCAGCACCAGUAACCUCAAGACCCACCUCAGGCUGCACUCAGGUGAGAAACCCUACCAGUGCAAGUUGUGCUCCACCAAGUUCACCCAGUACGUCCAUCUCAAGCUGCACAAGCGCCUGCACAGCCGUGACCAGCCCUACAAGUGCCCCCUCUGCUCCCAGUCCUACAUCCACCAGCUCAGUCUGCAGAUCCACAGCAGGGGCUACUGCCCCUCAGCUGCCAUGCUGGGCCAGUCGCACGAGGAGCUCUGCCGGAUGAACGAGAUGAUCAGGAAGUUUGAUGUGAGCUCCGAUGCUGAAACCAUGGAAGAGAAAGCCAGCGUGACCGAGGUGGACUUGGUGGAGAGAUGGAUGUUGAAGAGUCGGGAGUUGAAGGAGGACCAACUUCAGACUGGCUUCUUCAAGAAAGAAAGCCACCAUCACCCCCACCACCACCACUCACCACCCCCGAUCUCCCAUGAAAGAAUCCCAGCCGCUGCCGGGAACAUAUUCAGACCACACUCACACAUCACCAUGAAGCAAGAAGUUCCAUAACUUUGUAAAAGGUGGACUUUUAUAAAAGUGUACUAAAAGCCAAGCCAAGGGUAGUAAAAGUAGCAUGGUAAAGCAUAGGCUAUCAUAAUGAAGUAUGUGGUUAAACAGGGUAAAAACCACAGUAAACUUACCAUGGUAACUUUGCCAUGGGAAACUUUUAUAUGGGCAGCGGUCAGAGUUCAGCGUUUAAUGAUGGAAAAGUUUCAGCAUCUGUUGAAAAGCCUUGUGACGAAGCAAUUGCAUGUGGAAACGAGAGAACUGUCUUCUUUUCCCUGAGUUCUGGGGUUGUGGGGAAAGUGCAGAAGGCUUUAAGGAGCAAAAGAGAGAAUAAAUCGCCCAAAAAAACUAAACAAUCUGUGGUACCAAAUAGCACCAGAUUCCAAAGACCUUCUCAAACAGAGACUUGUAAUUGCACUGCUGACAAAUGUUUUGACUGCAUAGUACAGUAUGAAAUAAGAACAUAUUUUGGAAUUGUUCUAGAAAUUGACUUAUUUUUGUGUGUAUGUGUUUUAAUUUAUUGACAAAAAAACUUUUUUUCUAAUAUAUUUUGAAGUCUUUUCAUUCUUUGUUUGUCUGUGUGACAUUGCCAGUAGUAACAUUUGUUGAAUUGACAACUUUAAUCUCUUGAUGCCAGGUCUAGCAUUACCCACAUAUCUGGUUUUCCAAAUUUGGUUAGAUAUGUUCACCUGUGGCAUUGCAACAAGGAUCUGUUGUUGCAAGCAGUUGAAUUUUUUAUAGCAAAUUGUAAAGUUAUUUUUGUAAGUACUAAGUCUUUAGUGAUAUAUAAUUUAAUCUGUUUUUUUCUACAUAUUGCUUUAUAUAAUACAUGGACUUUGUUCUUUCAUAUUUGGGUGUCACUUUUGAGUAAUUGGCACUAGUUGUAUUUUUAUAUAUCUGUUUGUCAGUUCCACAAAGGGGAAGUUGUUCUGUAGGCUUUUAGGGAAAUUUUCUUUCAGUGCAUUUGAACCAUAGUCAUCUGUUUUUGCUCUGGGAAAUAAAACACACAAAUCAAACCAAAACCUGUUGAACAAAUGUUUUAUACAGUAGGACGUGAUUGCAAAGAUUGCACAGAACUCGCCAAAAACUAUUGAAUUAUUAGAAAACCAAAAAAAUGAACUAGAUACUAAAACAGGAAACAGCUUAUGCAUCAGUGCGUAUUAAAUGCCACAUUUGAAAAAUAAAAUAGAAAUUGUGUUUGAAGUUUUUAUUGUGUUCGGUAGAGUAUGUAGCAUGCACAGGAAAAUGUCUGUGCAAUUGUAGUUUUAUUGAAGUGUGAACAAUAUUAACAUCCAUAAAAUAAAAAGCUAGGUUGUGUAGGGUUUUAAUACUGGGAUUAUAUUGUUAGCAUUACAACAUUGUCAAAUUCUCUUAUGAUGAAGAACAUUUUGUAUUCAUUGCUUCUUUUUUUAAUACUCAAUAGAUUUAAACCGUCUUGACACUUCCUGUAAGUCAACUUCAGAUCUAUUGUGUUGCAUUUAGUCUGAGCAUCUGCAUUAAAGUAAAAAUCAAGCUUUUCAUCAUAAGAAAGGGGCAGGGAUAAGGAUGGCCAGUGCUAACAAGGGGUAGGUAAAUGGAUUUGAAAUCCUGGACAAUCACUCCAUAUUCUUGACCAUCAUGACAUAUUUUAGACCCUAUCUGCAUUUAAACCAAAGCAUUACUUCACUUUGAAAAACUUGAACAGGUUAUUGCUUGACGGGUACAUUUCUAUUUUCUUAUCCUUUUUUGUAAGCGAAACCCCCAAAACAAUCAUCAGAAUAAUGUGUUGUGAAGUUUGGUAAAGGUCAGAUACAAGCACUUUCCAAUACUACAGGUUCUAAGUUGUAAUAGCCAAGGUAAUCUAGAAGGUACACAUGUGAUACUUUCUACAUUCCCAUUGGAAUGUGGAAUUUUGGCAUGUUAUUAUAGCUGCUAAAUCCAAACUCAGGUCUACUCAUUCAGGUUAGAAACUAGCAGCCCCUCAGGUAUAUAUCCACAUAGAUCUAGUAGCAACAUCAUUGCACCUUUUGGCUUGAGCAUCCUGAUACUAAGUCAUUAACCCCUAAACCAGCAAGCUGUAAUCCAGCAUUAAACCCUGCUCCUUUCUUUUUUCUAUGGAGAAUUCAGGGAAGAUAACAUGUGUUUGACAUAUUUGCACCAAAGCUUCUGUUAUUGUUUUAGAAGGAGGAUUUGACUGUAUGUCUGAGUUGUUUGAACACUUUGCUUGUGAUGUUUUUAUAUGUCGAUAUUUACAUGCUGUUUACACUUUAUGUACAAAACUAUUUUGGUAAAAUGUUAUAAUGUAUGUAGCUGAAAAAAUAAACUGUUUCUUCUGUAUGUUUAGUAAAAA